AUGAGCACGGAAGCCCGCGGAAACGGCAUGGGAAAGGGCACAGAAACUGCGGAAACUGCAGCUCACGCGGGGAAGACCGCGGGAAGGCCAUGGGAGAUCCGACUGUCAGGCGGAGAAGAUGAGCGGAAAGGAGCGGCGGAGGGUGGUGAUGCGGCGGAGAACGGCGGGGAGAAGGCGGAAAAUGGCGGGGGGAAGACGUCCCCGGAGCAGCAGCAGCGGGAGCUUGGGCAGCAGCAGUCGGGAGAGGAGGCCGGGAGGGAUGAAAGCGGAGCCACGGACGAGGAGGAGGAGGAGGAAGAUAAGAUGUAUGGCGGAUUGUUGAAGCUUCGAAUGAAGAAGCUGUCCGUCAGCUUGAAUCAGCCGCGCAUGAGCGCAUGGGACCUUGACCGCGAGGGGGAAACGGCCCCCAGCGGGAAGGCGGGGGCCGGGGGGCGGGGGAAGGGCAGGGGGAAGGGCGAGGGGGAGGAGAAGGGGGAGGAGUCGGGGGCGGAUGGGCGGCAUGCGCCCGCGCAGAGCAGCACAGAUGACAUGGAACCUGUUGUGCUCACUCCCAGUGCUCGAUCGGCAACAAACUCGCCUCGGCACCACCACACACCCAAUGUUCGAUCUGCAGCCCACUCUCCCCGGCACUACUCCCCCAGCCUGACCAUCCGGUCCGGCCUGACCACGCCCAUGGGAUCGGCGAGAGGCUCGGCGGCGUUUAUGGUGGAUCAGAUGGUGGGGGACGCCUGGGAUGUGCUGCGCCGCUCCCUCGUGCUCUUCCGGGGGAAGCCCGUGGGCACUAUCGCUGCCAUGGACAACACAGAGUCGGCUCUCAACUACGACCAGGUGUUUGUGCGUGACUUUGUGCCCAGCGCGCUGGCCUUUCUGAUCAACGGGGAGCACAGCAUCGUCGAGAACUUCCUCCUCAAGACGCUCCGCCUGCAGGCGUGGGAGAAGCGAGUGGACGUGUUCACUCUAGGCGAGGGCGUCAUGCCCGCGUCCUUCAAGGUGCUGCACGACCCUAAGCGCGGCACGGACACCAUGAUUGCCGACUUUGGGGAGAGCGCUAUCGGGCGCGUGGCCCCGGUUGACAGUGGCUUCUGGUGGAUCUUCCUGCUGCGCGCCUAUGUCAAGGCCACAGGCGAUCAAGCGUUGGCGGAUUCGCCAGACUGCCAGAGGGGCAUGCGGCUGAUCCUGGACCUGUGUCUGGCGGACGGGUUUGACACCUUCCCCACGCUGCUCUGCGCUGAUGGCUGCUGCAUGAUUGACCGACGCAUGGGCAUCUACGGGUACCCGAUAGAGAUCCAAUCAUUAUUCUACAUGGCGCUGAGAGUGGCGCGGUCGCUGCUGAGGGCAGACCUGGCGAUAAACAAGGACCUGUUGGACCGCAUAGAUAAGAGGCUUAUCGCCCUCACCUUCCACAUGCGCACCUACUUCUGGCUGGACCACGAGCAGCUGAACAGCAUAUACCGGUACAAGACGGAGGAGUAUUCACACACGGCGGUGAACAAGUUCAACGUCAUCCCCGACUCCAUCCCCGACUGGCUCUUUGACUUCAUGCCGCUCAAGGGCGGAUACUUCAUUGGGAACGUCUCUCCCGCGCGUAUGGACUUCCGCUGGUUCACCCUGGGCAAUUGCAUUGCCAUCCUCUCCUGCAUGGCAACGAGCGAGCAGGCAGCAGCUAUAAUGGACCUUAUAGAGGAGCGCUGGGACGAGCUUAUUGGGGAGAUGCCGCUCAAGGUGACCUACCCUGCGUUGGAGGGGCAUGAGUGGAGAAUCACGACUGGUUGCGAUCCGAAGAACACACGGUGGAGCUACCACAAUGGGGGGUCGUGGCCGGUGCUGCUGUGGAUGCUCACGGCUGCGAGCAUCAAAGUGGGUCGCCCACACGUGGCGCGGCGGGCAAUCGACGUGGCGGAGAAGAGGCUCUCACAGGACAACUGGCCCGAGUACUACGAUGGGAAGCUGGGGCGGUAUGUGGGCAAGCAGGCGCGCAAGCAGCAGACGUGGAGCGUGGCGGGGUACCUAGUGGCGAAAAUGAUGCUGGAGGAUCCGAGCCAUUUGGGGAUGGUGGCAUUGGAGGAGGAGAAGAUGCUGCAGCAGCCGGUGAUCACUCGGUCGCACUCUUGGAAGCUCUGA